UAAUGAAUUGCUUAACACAUAGUGGUGUUUUUAAAUCAUUAUGGACUCGUCCAUUAUAUAGAGCAGGCAAUUUGUAUACUUGGGGUGUUCACAGUUUAGGAUGUGGAAUCAAUCAAGAUUCAUAAAGUGAUCAAUUAAGACCAAGGAGAAUUGAAGCUUUUAAUGGAAAUGUUUAAAAAGUAUAUCCAAGUGAAUACUUUACAGCUGUGAUAACAGGUAUUGAUAUAUAAAUAAAUUAUAAGAUAAUGGUGAUUUGUAUACAUUUGGUAACAAUAAUUAUGGACAAUUGGGAUUGGGUAAUACUGAAUAAUAAUAAACACCAUAACUUGUUAAAUACUUUAGAGAUAAAGGAUUAAAGGUUAUAGAUGUUGCAUUAGGAUCAAAUCAUGGAGUAGCAUUGGCUUGUAAUAAAUAUAUAUAAUAUUACAGCUGAUGGAAAUAUUUAUACAUGGGGAAGUGCAAAUAAUUCAAUUUUAGAUUAAUUAUUAUGCAAACCUAAUGGAUUAGGUGAUAAUUAUACUAAUAAUCUUCUUUAACCAUAAAUUGUAUAGAAAUUGGUAGGAACACCAAAAGGUAAAUUUGUAAGUGCUGGUAUUAACUACUCAAUUGCAGUAAAUGAAAACAAUUAAGUCUAUGUAUGGGGAGCUGGUAAAAGAGGAGAACUUGGUAAUGGAUGCAGUUUGAAUUUCAGAUAUCCUGAAUUGAAUCCUAUUUUUGAAUAAUUAACUAAAUCUGGUUAUACAAUCUAAAAGAUAAAGUCAUGUUUUGCUGGAACUUUGGCAUUAUUAAGUAAGUACUUAUAAUUAAUAAUUAUUUUAAGAUGAAGGAAUUGUAGUAGGAUGGGGAAGAAGUUAUUAUGGUUCUUUAGGUGUCAGAUAAUAAGAAUAUGUUGUUACAGAUUUAGUAUUAAUCAAAUCAUUAUUUAUUAGGAAAAUUAUUCUCCAACUCCAGUCAAUUUGAAAUAUUUCUAACCAAAUGAAAAGGUUGUAGAUUUCGAUUUAGGAUAUAAUCUUUCUCUCUUCUUAACUGAUUAGAAUAGAAUUUAUUUAUCAGGUUAUGAUGAGACCUAUGUACCAAGACCUAUCGAUCUUCCAAGAGAUGAGAAGAUUCUUAAAUUCUCUGCUUCUAAUAAUAGCUUUGCAAUUUUAACAGGUAUGUUAAUGCAUAUUAUUUAUUUUAGAUAAAAACUUCUACACUUCCAAUGAAUAUGUAAUUCCUUAAUAAAAAAGGAAUUUAGGAUUCUUGUUCAAAAGUCAACCAAAAGAAUUAUUUGAGUCUACUAAUAUUGAACAAUUUGGAGGAGGAUAUAGAGUCAGAUAUGCAGUAGUAAAUAAUUGAU